CUGUGGGAUCAGGGGACACUGGAGGAGUCUCUUUGGGAAUGGGAUCCCCCUGGGGGGAGGCAGGAUUCCCCCACGUGGGAUCCACUGCCCACUGGCACGGGCAGGGCUAAUCCUGACACCUCCUCCCCCCCAGAGAGGGGAAGGACACUGGAUUACCCCUGGGGGAAGCAGGGAGGUAAAUAAUCCUAUUACCCCCGGGCAGGAUAAAUCUCCCUCCAGAAAAGCCCCCCAGAGCAUCUCCAGGCCGGAGGGAGCCGGCUGGGCAGAGGGAGCAGCUCUGGAGCCGGGAAUCGCGGCACUCUGUGAGUCAGGGGAGGGGACGCGGGGUUGUUUGCUGCUCUUCCUGCAUCCAGGGACAUCGAGGAACAUCUCCCUGCCUUGGUGUUCCCAGAGCUGUGUUCAGCUCUGCAGCAGGGCCAAAUCCCUGACAGGAUCCCAGAGCGGGGCUUGUGCCGCAGAAUUCCCGCUCCUGGUGCCAUGGGCCAUCCCCUGCUCCCCCUUCCCAGCCUGGGGUACCCACCGCCCCCACACAGACCUGGGCACGCCAUGGAGGGUCCUGGCAGUGCCCUGAGGGGUCCCCGGGUGUCACACCCACACUGGGGUGGGGGACGGGGAGGAGGAGUGGCAGCAGCCCUGGUGGCCCUCGGGGUGCCCUUCCUGCCUUUGGGGGUUAACGCUGAGCUGGGCUGAGCCAGCCUUGUGGGGAGGGGGCUCUGCAAAGCCCAGCAGGGCGGGGGGGGAGGAGAAGCUGGUGGUUCCAUUUCCCUCCAGCGGGUGUGAGGAGCUGUCCUGUGCCAGCGCUGAGCCCCGGGGAGCACCGUGAGCCCCAGGGAGUGCCGUGAGACCCUGGGAACACCGUGAGCCCCAGGGAGUGCCGUGAGACCCUGGGAACACCAUGAGCUCCAGGGAACGCCGUGACCCCCAGGGCUGCUGGUCCCCCACAGCCAUGAGCCUGGAGCCCCCCAAGCUGGAGGUCAAAUCGGCCACGAGGGUGAGCGGGGGUCCUGCCACCCCCCGCAAGGGACCGCCCAAGUUCAAGCAGAGGCAGACGAGGCAGUUCAAGAGCAAACCCCCCAAAAAGGGGGUGCAGGGGUUUGGUGACGACAUCCCAGGCAUGGAGGGGUUGGGAACAGACAUCACUGUCAUCUGUCCCUGGGAAGCCUUCAGCCACCUGGAGCUGCACGAGCUAGCUCAGUACGGAAUCAUUUAGGAUUUGGGCAGCCUCACCAGCCCUGUAGUGCUGUGUAGGUCGAGGCCCCCCCACCCAUGCUGGGGAGGGGGGAGCUCAGCUUGGAAAAAUGCUCAUUAAACCCUAACGAGCACAGGA